GCCAUCAGGUGGUUGGAGAGCAAAUUCCAUGAAAGAGGUUGAUUGAUGUUCGGUUAGUCGAGUCACUUUUAUAAGUACAUUUGGUCAAGUAAAUUGUUUCAAUUUGUGUUUUGUUGUUUUCUUUUUUUUUCACUUCCAACAAUCAGUGAAUCAAUUUAGUGAUCGAACUUGUUUUGUGUUUUGUUCUGUCACUUUUUGACUUUGUUUCUAGUUUAUCAGUUUGUCAUCUAUUUUCUUUUGGUUUCUACGCCUUAAUUUGUGUUUGAGUUUUGUUCUCUUUGUGUUUUGUUCUUUUGAGCAUAUUUGCCCUUUAAAUUAUUGCUUCUUUGAUAUUUUCUCUUUUUUUUAUUCGUUGAGUUUUAUUGAAUUGAAUUAAAUUUAAUCUUAUCAAAAUGUGUGACGAUGAAGUAGCCGCUUUAGUUGUUGAUAAUGGAUCCGGUAUGUGUAAAGCCGGUUUUGCCGGUGAUGAUGCCCCAAGGGCUGUUUUUCCAUCUAUUGUUGGUCGUCCAAGGCAUCAAGGAGUUAUGGUUGGUAUGGGUCAAAAGGAUUCAUAUGUUGGAGAUGAAGCUCAAUCAAAAAGAGGUAUUUUAACCUUGAAAUAUCCGAUUGAACAUGGUAUUGUUACUAAUUGGGAUGACAUGGAAAAGAUUUGGCACCACACUUUCUACAACGAGUUGAGAGUUGCCCCAGAGGAACAUCCAGUCCUUUUGACUGAGGCUCCUUUGAAUCCAAAGGCUAAUCGAGAAAAAAUGACCCAAAUCAUGUUUGAAACCUUUAACACUCCUGCUAUGUACGUAGCCAUUCAAGCUGUUCUCAGUCUUUAUGCUUCUGGUCGAACCACUGGUAUUGUCUUGGAUUCUGGUGAUGGUGUUUCUCACACUGUUCCAAUCUACGAAGGUUAUGCAUUACCUCAUGCUAUUCUUCGAUUAGAUUUGGCUGGUCGAGAUUUGACCGACUAUUUAAUGAAAAUCUUAACUGAACGAGGUUACUCUUUCACCACUACUGCUGAAAGAGAAAUUGUUCGUGACAUCAAAGAGAAACUCUGUUAUGUUGCCCUUGACUUUGAACAAGAGAUGGCAACUGCUGCAUCAUCAUCAUCCAUUGAGAAAUCAUAUGAAUUACCUGAUGGUCAAGUUAUCACCAUUGGAAAUGAACGAUUCCGAUGUCCUGAAGCUCUUUUCCAACCUUCAUUCCUUGGUAUGGAAUCAUCUGGUAUUCACGAAACAACUUACAAUUCCAUCAUGAAAUGUGAUGUUGACAUUCGUAAAGAUCUUUAUGCCAACACUGUUCUCUCAGGAGGUACCACCAUGUAUCCAGGUAUCGCUGAUAGAAUGCAAAAAGAAAUCACUGCAUUAGCUCCAAGCACAAUGAAGAUUAAGAUCAUUGCCCCACCCGAACGUAAAUAUUCCGUCUGGAUCGGAGGAUCAAUUUUAGCUUCACUUUCCACCUUCCAACAAAUGUGGAUCUCCAAACAAGAAUAUGAUGAAUCAGGACCAUCAAUUGUCCACAGAAAAUGUUUCUAAGCUAAACCACUUUAGCUUUUGCCAAAUCGAUUUAAAAAAACAUUCCUUCAAUAAUUCCAUCUUUUCUAUCCCUUAUAUUCCCAUUUCUUUUUUUUUCUUCUCUCUACUCUCACCUUUUCCACCAUAAACCCUCAUUUUUAGCCUCUUAUAUUGUUACUGUCAAGAAAAGAUUCCAAUCAACAUUUUUCCAAUACAUAAACACACAUACACCAAACAUACCCACCAAUGUCAAUCAAAAUCAAGAUCUUUGUAAACAAAAAAGUUAAAGAUACUGUCUUGAAAAACUGACCAUUCAUAAAAUGUAAUUUUUGACAUUCA